GAACAUCAAAAUUUCCUGCGGAAAUGAGGAGCUUCCUUUCCAUUUUUCAUCUCGUUAUUCUCUUCAAACCGUUCGCUCAAACAAAUCAUGUCUUCUUCCGACCUCGACAUUUCGUCUCGCAGACAAGAUAAUCUUACAAACGCGGAUUUAAUAAGAAUAAUUGGGAAAACCGUUCUCAAGCACUUCAAAAAUUCGAAAUUAUACUCUGCUCUCUCGAACAUUGGAAGAGGUAGGAGCUCGAUCUGUAGUCGGAGCGCUUUCAAAGUACCACGAGCUGUGUAUAGGAUAGAGGAAGAAGAAGAAAUGUCAAGAUCAAGGCAGGAAGGAAGGGGAACUUGGGGACUAAAUCUCGUUGGCAUGUUUCUUGCUAAGUUUAAAUUCUGGGGAGAGGAUGGAGGGGUAGAUAUGGAGGAGGACACGGAGCUCCACGAUGGUGAUGAGCUGAGUGAGGAUGACAUGAGUGAACAAGAAGGGCAGGGGUUCAGCUGUGAUGAAUACUGUCGCGUCAUCACACCGACAAUCCAUCUGAAUCGACUGGCAAACGCAUACCAUUAUGUUCCCCCUAUCUCCAACGAUAGGAACCUGGCCUAG